AUGCCGGGCAGCGGCCCCAGCGAGAGGAUGACCUGGCCCAGCCCAGCCCUCCCCGCGGCCCCCCCAACCCGCCCUCUCUCCUCAGCCCCCGGGACACCGCCCAUCCCGCCCCUCACUCGGACCCGCAGCCUCAUGGCCAUGUCCCUGUCGGGGAGCAGACGGACCACCGCCGCAUCUCGAAGGCGCACCUCUCCGCCCAUGAGCGUGCGGGACGCCUAUGGCACCUCUUCCCUUAGCAGCAGCAGCAACUCUGGCUCCUACAAGGGCAGCGACAGCAGCCCCACCCCAAGGCGCUCCAUGAAGUACAUGCUCUGCAGCGACAACCAUGGCAUCAAGCCCCCGACCCCGGAGCAGUACCUGACCCCGCUGCAGCAGAAGGAGGUGUGCAUCAGGCACCUGAAGGCCCGGCUAAAGGACACUCAGGACCGGCUCCAGGACCGGGACACAGAGAUUGAUGACCUGAAGACACAGCUGUCACGUAUGCAAGAGGACUGGAUCGAGGAGGAGUGUCACCGCGUGGAGGCCCAGCUGGCCCUGAAGGAGGCCCGCAAGGAGAUCAAGCAACUCAAGCAGGUCAUCGACACGGUCAAGAACAACCUCAUUGACAAGGACAAGGGGCUGCAGAAGUAUUUUGUGGACAUCAACAUCCAGAACAAGAAGCUGGAGACGCUGCUGCAUAGCAUGGAGGUCGCCCAGAACGGCACGGCCAAGGACGAUGGCACCGGGGAGUCAGCCGGGGGGUCCCCUGCCCGAUCCCUGACCCGCAGCUCCACCUACACCAAGCUGAGUGACCCUGCUGUCUGUGGUGACCGUCCACCCGGAGACGCCCCCAGCACCUCUGGGGAGGAUGGGGCUGACAGUGGCUUCGCAGCCGGUGAUGACACACUGAGCCGGACGGAUGCGCUGGAGGCCAGCAGCCUGAUGUCAUCGGGGGUGGACUGCGGCCCCGAGGAGGCCUCACUGCACAGCUCCUUCAGCCUGGGUCCCCGCUUCCCUGCCAGCAACACCUAUGAGAAGCUGCUGUGCGGCCUGGAGGCCGGCGUGCAGGUCAGCUGCAUGCACGAGCGUGCCAUCCAGACUGAUUUUGUGCCGUACCAGCCUGACCUGGACACCAUCCUGGAGAAGGUGACCAGCGCCCAGGUCUGUGGGGCGGCCCUCGAGGCUGGGGACAGACACCCAGGACCAGACUCCUGCCCUCCGGGGGCCAGGGACCCCAACGCGGCCGUGGUGGUGACGGUGGGUGACGAGCUUGAGGCCCCAGAGGCCAUCACCUGUGGGCCUGUCCCCCACCAGCCCAAUGCCAACCCCAACCCGUCGGUGAGUGUGGCGUGCCCAGCGGAGGAGGAAGAGGAGGCGGCUGCAGCCGCUGCACCCGAGAAGGAGCCCAGGAGCUACUGGAGCCGCCACUACCUCGUGGAUCUGCUGGCCGUGGUGGUGCCCGCCGUGCCCACGGUGGCCUGGCUCUGCCGCUCCCAGCGACGCCAGGGCCAGCCCAUCUACAACAUCAGCUCACUGCUGCGGGGCUGCUGCACGGUGGCCUUGCAUUCCAUCCGCAGGAUCAGCUGUCGCUCGCUGAGUCAGCCGGGCCCGAGCGGGGCGGCCGGUGGGUCCCAGCUCUGA